AGUAACCAGUAUACAUAUGGAGUGGAAACCCCGGAUCGACGCUGAUCGACACACACUCACGAUAAUUAAUUCGGACAUUUCGUUGUUUUUGUUGUUGUUGUUGCUCCUCUGGGCGCCCGACACAUGCUUUCAAUCUUUUGCUUUUGCUUUUGCCUUGGCUUUGGCUUCGCUGCCAACGUUGCGCCCCAGCAUCCUUGCGCUGCUGACGAUGACUUCAAUUUCGCAUCAGUCGUUGCCCGCGACUUGCUCCUCAUGAAUGACACUUCCGCGCCUUCUGCUCCAGACUUCUAUGCUCGCAUAUUACCCUUGGGCGCAUCCAUCGUCUACGGGUACGACUCCAUCAGCGGCAAUGGAUUCCGCAAGCCACUCAGGGAUUCCCUGGCUCAGGCCUCAUGGAAAGUCAACAUGGUGGGCUCCAAGAAGGCGGGCAGCAUGCCUGACAAUAAUGUGGAAGCCCAUCCAGGCGACGUCAUCGAUGAUGUCUACAAUGCUGCAGGGUUGUCUAUCCGGUACCAACCCAACAUUGUCCUCAUCCACGCCGGCACCAACGAUGCCAUCCAGGACCUUGACAUCUUGAACGCCGGCAAGAGGAUGGGCCACCUGCUGGACCGGCUCUACUCGGAGAUCCCCGGCGUGACCGUGGUCCUGUCCACCCUUCUCCCGGCCAAGAACAUCAACCGCAACGCCGCCGUCAACGGCCCGACCAUCAACGCCCAGCUGCGCGACCUCGUGUGCGCACGCCGCAGCAGCGGCCAGAAGAUCGUGCUGGCCGACAUGCAGCCGCCGAACAUGACGCUCAUCACCGUCGACAACAGCGGCGGCACGGGCGGCGACAUCGACGACGACAUCCACCCCAACGACGGCGGCCACAAGAAGAUGGCCGCCGUCUGGCUGCGCGCCAUCAAUAUCGCCCAGCGGAGGGGCUUCCUCACCCCGCCCAAGGACACCCCCGCCGUCAACGACGACGACGCCAGCGCCGCCAGCACCUGCGGGGGGUGGCUGACAUGGGGCCACGGGCCUGGGAAGUCUGGGGGGUCCUGCUGGCUGGUCUGGCUAUACAUGGCCGUCUUUACUUUCCUGUUCUUGGAUUUCUUUGCUUCUUCCUUCUCGGAGCUCCCUUCCCUGCCAGAGAUUCCUUCUUUGCCAGAGCUCCCCUCUCUACCCGAGCUUCCUGCCCUAUCUGAACUUCCUUCUCUAUCAGAGCUCCCGUCAUUACCUGAGCUUCCCUCAUCAUCGGGCCAGCCACGCAUACAUCGAGCGAUGCGUUCAGUUAGCCAGAAAUAUAGUUAGCAUUGCAUGCGCUGCGUUUGCCCGGUUUCACGUGUUUGGCUUCGUUUUCUUCCACUACGUGACAGGCCUGGAACCCAAUCUGAUUGUCAGAAAUGAGGUUACUUCACUCC